GAGAAGCCGACUCUUGUUUACAGCAGCGAUUCCACGGAGGAGCGGCGGAGACCCGUAGUGUGCUUUAACCGAGGGCGAACCGUGGGAUUUCAGCCUGUGGAUACACACGCGACGGGAGUUUUUCUUUUUCUCUUUUGUGCUAGGCUGUAAAGGCAAAACAAGAAACACUCUUGGAGAGCAACUCCUUGGACAUAUUCUCCCUCCCCACUCCAGCCGAGGUCGUCUAGCUGGAGAGCUGGAGACCCAUUCUCUUGCGUGGCACAAGUCUGGUAUUUUCUUUCAGUUGCAAAUCCCGACUGACGGCGGAGAUAAGUCGGAGCUGAGGGGCUGAAAAUUUGCUGAUUUUGUUUUUUAAAAAAGCAACUUCUCAUUGCGAGCCAGGACUGCUUGGUUUGGGGGGGUCGAUAGACCCUGCUGUUUGAAUAGCAUACGGAAAAAAAGGUUUUUCAUUCAUUUUUCAACCUCACAGCCACCACCCCUGUGGAUCUGUACGCGUUUUCAGCCCACCACCUCCUCACACACACUUAUUCACACGGGGGGAUUCUUGUGAGCGACACUGGCUUUAAUUUAUUAUGGUGGUAAAGGCUGCUAAGAUUUAAGUCUGAUAUUUUUUUGUUGUUGUAUUAACGGGCCUGGUCGCACUGUGUAGGCUACGCGCAUGCUGUUUUUAAGAGAUGGAGAAUGAAGAUGGGGAUUGCCAUCAUUUAUUCAGUAAAAUCAUGGCUUGUGUGCCAUACCAGCCAACGUCAAAGCAUCCUGUGACUGGCAAAAAUAGCAGAGUGUUUUAGUAUUCCACCCCCCAACGUUUAAAUAUUUUUUGUACACAUUUAUUUAUAUGUUUAGAGCAAAUCCAGACAGAUAAGCGACCACGCAUCAGGAUAUCAGAGAAGCUUUUGGGCUACGAGACACUUGUUUUGUGUUUUCUUUCUUUCUUUCUUUCUUUUUCUUUUUUUUUUUUUUUGCGAAGGCUCUGAUUUAUUGAGCUGAUGAGCACAACUUAAAUAUUUGUACUCUUUUUUUUUUACCCUCAUUAUUUUUAUUUUUUCUUGAAGAGGAGAAUAAUGUUCAGGAACGUAAAACCAGAAGCACCGAUGGGUGGCCCGAUCUUGUUUUGGGGUCUGAUGCUGUCUGUCUCCGCUAUCUGCAUAUGGUCCACAUAUGGAGAGAUCUGUGGCCCGGAUAUCGACCUCCGAAACGACAUCGAUCAAUUUAAGCGUCUUGAGAACUGCACGGUGGUGGAGGGCUACCUGCGCAUCCUCCUUAUCAACGAAAAGACCAGCAACAACAGCCAGCAGGAGGACUUCCGCUCCGUCAGCUUCCCGAAGUUGACCGUCAUCACCGGCUACCUGCUUCUGUUUCGUGUCUCGGGCCUCGAUAGCCUCAGUGUGCUCUUCCCCAACCUGAGCGUCAUUCGUGGGCACAAUCUCUUCUACAACUACGCCCUCGUGAUCUAUGAGAUGACCAGCUUAAAAGACAUUGGGCUUUACAACUUGAGGAACAUCACCCGUGGGGCCAUGAGGAUCGAAAAGAACCCUGAGCUCUGCUACCUGGACUCGGUGGACUGGUCAUUUAUUAUGAACACUGAGUUCAACAAUGUUAUCAACGGGAACAAGAAGGCGAAGGAAUGUGACAAUGUCUGCCCGGGGAUCAUGGAGGAUAACCCUCUUUGUCAGCAGACGACGUUCAAUGACAAUCGUAACUACCGCUGCUGGACCUCCAACCAUUGCCAGAAAGUUUGCCCGAAGCAGUGUAGGCUUGCCUGUACAGACAAGGGGGAGUGUUGCCACAGCCAGUGCCUCGGUAGCUGCACCGAACCCAACAACGACAUGGCCUGCUCCGCCUGCCUCCACUACUACCACGAGGGUCGGUGUGUCCCACACUGUCCCCCGGGCACCUACAAGUUUGAGGGCUGGCGCUGCAUUACCAUGGACCUGUGUGCUCAAGUGCAUCUGGCCAGCGAUUUUCACUUUGUCAUCCAUGACGGAGAGUGUAUGCUCGACUGUCCCUCUGGCUUCACACGUAACGAGAGUAAUCGUAUGCUAUGCAGUGCUUGUAAUGGCCCGUGCGAUAAGGUCUGCAGAUCCACUGUCAUCGAUUCUGUGAAUGCUGCCGAGUUCCUGCAGGACUGCACCGUCAUCGACGGCAAUCUGGACAUCAAUAUCCGCCGUGGAAAUAAUAUAGCCCCCGAGCUUGAGAGAUUCAUGGGAUUGAUCCAGACAGUGACGGGCUAUGUUAAGAUUCGACACUCGGACGCUCUUGGAUCGCUGUCCUUCCUCAAGAGCCUACGUUACAUCAAGGGGCAGGAACUCAUCGACAACAUGUAUUCAUUCUCCGCCAUCAACAAUCAGAAUCUGAAGUACUUGUGGAACUGGACUGAGCACAACCUGACUAUUAGCAACGGACGUCUAUUCUUCCGUCAGAACCCCAAACUCUGCAUGUCUGAGAUCUACAUGAUGUGGGAUAAAACUGGCAUAGCUGUGAAGCCAGAGGAAGGGGAUUUCCGCAACAAUGGCGAAAGAGCCAAUUGUGAAAGCCAUAUCUUGAAAUUCAAAUCCAAUAUUACAUCCAGCCAUGUGAUCAGUCUGACAUGGGAGCGCUACCAGCCGCCCAAAAAUGGAACCCUUAUCAGCUUCAUCGUUUACUACAAGGAAUCUCCUUUCCAGAACAUCACUGAGUUUGAUGGCCAGGAUGGCUGUGGCUCAAAUAGCUGGCACAUGGUGGAUGUGGAUCUUCCUAAAGAUAAUAACAAUGACCCAAAUGUCAGACUCCAGCACCUCAAGCCUUGGACUCAGUAUGCUAUUUUUGUGAAGGCCAUCACCCUGCAAGAGAGCGACAAAGAUGCCACUGGAGCAAAGAGUGACAUCAUUUACAUUCGCACACGCCCAUCGUUGCCGACUGUGCCUAAAGAUGCCCGUGCAUAUGGUAAUUCCUCAACAAAGCUGGUGGUAAAGUGGUCACCUCCACUUUUGCCCAACGGUAAUCUCACUUACUACCUGGUCCGCUGGCAGCGGCAAGCUGAGGAUAGGGAGCUCUACCAACAUGACUACUGCUCCAAAGACUUGAAGAUCCCAAUCCGGAUCCCAGCGUCGGAGCUCACAGACAUGGAAGAAAACACAAAGCCCACCAAGUCAGACCUAGCAGGGCCAGAAAAGGUCAUGUGCUGUGCUUGCCAGAAGACACCAGAAGAGAAGGACCGUGAGAAGGAUGACCGCGUCUUCUUGAAAGUUUUUGAGAAUUUCCUCCACAAUUCCAUCUUUCUGGCAAGACCUCAAGAGCGUCGGCGCAGAGACCUUUCUGGUACGGCAAACGACACACUGUUUUAUGAGGGCGGCAGAGGGAAUACCACUCUCGGCGCAGGGGAUAACAGUACAGAUGGCAUUCCUCCAAACGUAGAGUUCCCCUUCAGUGAAGACAAGAGCACAACAGAGUAUUUAGAGAUCCCCAAUCUGCGGCCCUUCACCGUCUACCGCAUUGAUAUCCAUGCGUGCAACGAGGUGGUGGGGAAGUGCAGCGCUGGAGCUUUCGUCUUCUCCAGGACCAAACCUGCAGUCAAAGCGGAUGACAUCCCCGGCAAGGUGAUUUUUGAGAGGUGUGACAAAAUCGAGGGGUGUGUGGUGCUGCACUGGCCAGAGCCCGUUAUGCCCAACGGACUCAUCUUGAUGUAUGAGAUCAAGUUCCGCCUGGGUAAUGAGCCUGAGAAGCACAAGUGUGUGUCGCGACAGGAUUACCGCCGGUACAAAGGAGCUCGACUAACCAACCUUGGCUCUGGGAACUACUCCGCCCGAGUGCGUGCCACUUCCCCGGCAGGAAACGGCUCCUGGACAGAAAGUGUUUUCUUCUAUGUGUCUCCACCUAAACGUGAUGACGGUGUUACGUUGUAUGUGGUCAUCAUAAUUCCCAUCAUUGUGACAAUUUUUAUCGCCAGCCUCACCACCAUCCUCUUCUAUGUGAACAAAAAGAGGAACAGUGACAGACUGGGGAACGGAGUCCUGUAUGCAUCAGUCAAUCCAGAGUACCUCAGUGCCACUGAGAUGUAUGUCCCAGAUGAGUGGGAGGUGGCAAGGGAGAAGAUCACUAUGCACAGAGAACUGGGCCAGGGCUCCUUCGGCAUGGUGUACGAAGGCAUCGCGAAGGGAGUAGUGAAGGACGAACCCGAAACGAGAGUGGCCAUCAAGACGGUCAAUGAGACGGCCAGCAUGAGGGAGCGAAUUGAGUUUUUGAACGAGGCCUCUGUCAUGAAGGAGUUCAACUGUCACCAUGUGGUGCGGCUGCUUGGCGUGGUCUCUCAGGGACAGCCAACCUUAGUGAUUAUGGAGCUGAUGACUCGCGGAGAUCUCAAGAGCCACCUGCGCUCCCUGCGCAAAGAAAACGCCACCAGCCAGGUCUUACCCCCACUCAAAAAGAUGAUCCAGAUGGCUGGAGAAAUCGCAGACGGUAUGGCGUACCUAAACGCCAACAAAUUUGUCCACAGAGAUCUGGCAGCGAGGAACUGCAUGGUAGCAGAGGACUUCACUGUGAAGAUUGGAGAUUUUGGCAUGACCAGAGAUAUUUAUGAGACGGACUACUACCGAAAAGGAGGAAAGGGCCUGCUGCCUGUCCGCUGGAUGUCUCCAGAGUCACUGAAAGAUGGCGUGUUUACUACAAUGUCUGAUGUCUGGUCGUUUGGUGUCGUGCUGUGGGAAAUCGCCACCUUAGCUGAACAGCCUUACCAGGGGAUGUCCAAUGAACAAGUGCUGCGCUUCGUCAUGGAGGGAGGACUCUUGGACAAACCUGACAACUGCCCUGACAUGCUGUUUGAACUGAUGCGAAUGUGCUGGCAGUAUAACCCUAAGAUGCGUCCGUCCUUCUUGGAGAUCAUCAACAGCAUCAAAGACGAACUGGAUCCUCCCUUCAGGGAAGUGAGCUUCUUCUACAGCGAGGAGAACAAGCCGCCGGACACAGAGGAGCUGGACAUGGAGGUAGAAAACAUGGAGAACAUUCCACUGGACCCUUCAUCCGCGAGGCAGCCGUCGACUGCUGUCAUUUCCUCGUCUGGGUGUGCAGGAGGCAUGUCUCCUCCUUCUACGCAUCAGUUAUCCCCCAUGCAAGGCCCGAGUACGCCAUUACUGGGACCUGUUUCUAACUCUCCUCCCGGCCCACUUGCUUCAGCCUUGGCGUCUCCAGGACUAGCCUUGGAGAAGCACUCAGGACAUGCUUCGGCCAACGGGCCUGUCGUGGUGCUGCGGCCCAGUUUCGAUGAGAUACAACCCUAUGCACACAUGAACGGGGGCAGAAAGAACGAACGGGCGCUACCACUGCCCCAGUCAUCAGCCUGCUGAUAUCAGACCAGCCCUCUCCUCCUUCCCCUUUUACACAGGGUAUCACAGACCUCUCAUCUGUCUCUUAAGGAGGGAUGGAUGAGGUAAGAAAUUACUUUCUUCUACUGUUUGCCAGUAGAUGGUCUCUCCACUCUUAAGGUCAAACAUAAACUUGGAAGAAACGGAAAAAAAGAUAGCACAGAGCAAUUGGAGUUUGGUGGCUCAAGCUCAACACUGGGAAACUCCAUCCUGCGCAGCCUGUAUCUGAGUCUUUGUUAUGUAAGAGUCCUUAAAGAAGGAAAAUGAUACAGGCUUGUAUCCUGACUUACAGAUUUACACAUGAACUUUAAGAAAAUCUUUUUUUUUUUUUUUUUAAAGCAUAUCUGCCAGCAAAACCAA